UUUGACGAUCACCUCAUCAGCCCCAAGGAGUUUGUCCACUUGGCAGGCAAGUCCACGCUGAAGGAUUGGAAGCGAGCGAUCCGGAUGAACGGGAUCAUGCUCCGGAAGAUCAUGGACUCAGGAGAGCUGGAUUUCUACCAGCACACAAAGGUCUGUUCCAACACCUGCAGGAGCACCAAGAUUGACCUGACAGGAGCCCGGGUGUCCCUGACCAGCCAGACAUCCACGGAGUUCAUCCCGCUGACUCCGGCCACGGCGGAUGUGAACGGAUCCCCAGCUACGAUUACCAUAGAAACCUGUGAGGAUGGCAGCGACUGGAGCAGCAGCAUCGGAGAUGACACCUUUGCUUUCUGGCAAGGCCUGAAGGACAUGGGUCUCCUGGAAGAAGUAAUCCAAGAGUUCCACCAGGAGCUGGUGGAGACCAUGAAGGGCUUGCAGCAGCGAGCACAGGAUCCCCCACUGCAGCUUGGUGAUGCUGUCUUACUCAACAACGUGGUCCAGAACUUCGGUAUGCUGGAUCUGGUCAAGAAGGUCCUGGCNNGGGAAGCGUGUCCCGGGUCCAGGCUGAGCCGACCCUCCUGUCUCCCCUCAGCUCUGGAGCAGCAGUGCGACGAGCACCGCAAGCGCGCGAAGGAGCUGAAGCACAAGUCCCAGCAUCUCAACAACGUCCUGAUGACCCUCACGCCCGUCUCCGUCCCCGCGCCUCUCAAACGGCCCAGGCUGACCAGGGCCACCUCCGGACCG